AUGCUUGGUUACGGGGGCUCCGGCUUUGUCGGUAGCCGACUUAUCCAAAUUCUACAGCAGCAUGGGUGGCAGGUGCGCGCCCUGGCGCGCAGUGAUGAAGCGCUGCGAACUGUUCGCGCACUGGGCGCUGAACCUGUGCGAGGGUCGUUGGAAGACCGAGCUUCCUUGAUCGCUGCUGCACAGGGGUGCAGCGUAGUCUUCCACGUAGCGGCACAUUUCAGGCUAUGGGGCGACUGGGCUGAGUUCGAGCGUUCGAAUGUGCAAGUUGGGUGCGGCAGCAGUCGUAAUGGGGAUCUUGAGCCGAUGUUCGGCGUAAAUGAAGCGUUGCCUCGGCAGGAGCGCGACUGGGCACCCUACAGCGCCUCCAAGGCGCGCAGUGAAACGCUGGUGCUAGCCGCCAAUCGCCCGGGGGUUUUCGAAACCGUGGUUGUACGUCCCCCGAUGAUUUGGGGGCCAAAUAUGCCGACCUUGGAUCACAUGAUCGAGACCGUGAAGGCAGGUCAAUUCCGCUGGGUCGGCGGUGGUUCGCAAGCGAUGUCCACCGCACACGUCGACAACGUCUGUCUAGCGCUCGAACUGGCAGCAGAGAAAGGCCCUGGCGGCGAGGCCUAUUUCGUCAGUGAUGGAAACGACAGCACGCUUAAAAACGUGAUCUCUGGCCUGCUACAGACGCGCGGCAUUGCACCACCGCGUUCCUCCGCUCCGUUGCCAGUGGCCUGGGCGAUGGCCAGCGUAACGGAGUGGGUAUGGCGCACGUUCUCACGUCCGGGUGAACCGCCGAUGACGCGCCAAAUGCUGCGCCUGAUUGGCGCGCCAUUCACGCUGGACAUCGGUAAAGCCCGGCGCGACUUGGGUUAUGUGCCCGUUAUUUCGAGAGAGCAGGGGCUCGAGGCGAUGAGGUCCAGC